CGAUGGACUGAGGCAAGAAUAUAUUUGCUCUCUACACAGAAGACGGAUGAAGACGUCAUGAAGAUCUCGCGUCCGUGAACCACUGUAAUAAAAACGGAAUUAUUGCACCGGUGCCCGUCAGUGACCGCAUCAGUUUGAAGAAGAACCUGCGGCUCUCAGCGCCCACUUGACUCCGCCUGUUUUCCAGUGGGUUGUGCAUGGAAAAUAAGGCAAUGUACCUAACCACCACCAAUGAAGAUAGGGAUAACAGCUCAUUCUAUGAGGAGGGCUACGAUGGGAUGAAUCUAUCGAAACUCAACCUCUGUGAAGAAGUAGGUUCAGUAAAACACAGGAGAAAGCCAGAUAAUUGCUGUGGUCAGUUGGACUCCUUCACUGCAAUCAAAUAUGCCAUUGUGUCCCUUUAUAUUCUGCUACUGCUCACCGUGUUUGGCCUCUGCAUAGCAGUGUCUAGAUACCAGGCGUCAUCAGAGAGGCAGGAGGCUCUGCUGGAGAACAUGACUCGUCUGGGUGAACGCUCUGAGAGCAUGCAGAGAUCUCUCAACCAGCUUCCCUCACAAACUGACCUUCUGGAGAACAUCUGGAAGCUGGAGAGCCUCUUUCAGAAUCACAGUGAUCAGCUGCAGCAGCUCGGGCGACUAACGCAGGGCUUGGAGCGUGAUAUCAAGGAUUUGCAGGCGUUCUCUGAGCACACCACGGACUCUGUGGCUCAGCUUUGGGAUCACCUAAUCAUGAUGAGCCAUUCCAGCCAAAAAAACAGCAGCAGUCUGGGAGAAGAGCUCGCCUUUGCUGCUGUCUCUAUCAGAGCCCAGGAUGCGAUGUUGAAGACAAUGGUAGCAAAUGUAGAGACCCUACAAGAGCACCUGGAAGAGGUGGGCUGGACUGUACAGACAUUAAACCAUUCACUUAAUGGAGAUGUGAUUCUGCACCAGGUGAAGAUCGGUGAACUGCAGGAGAAGAUUGGAAAUGUGUCACAUGAAGCCACAAGCAUGAAGAUCACACAGAUACACCUUGAAGAACAGAUGAGGAAUGAGAUUGAGAUCCUGAAUGUCAUCACAGCAGAUCUGAGACUGAAGGAAUGGGAACACUCCAUGGCCCUCAAAAACCUAACUGUAUUACAAGGACCACCAGGACCAAAGGGUGAGAAGGGUGAUAUUGGGCCCCUGGGGCCUGCUGGACUUCCUGGUUUGACAGGAAUUAGAGGCUUUCCAGGGGAAAAGGGCAUUCAGGGUCAUCGGGGACUGGCAGGACCAGGUGGUCAGGAUGGACACAACGGAGAAAAAGGAGAUAUUGGGCCUGAGGGACCUAAAGGUGAGCGAGGAGAAAGAGGACAGAAAGGAGAGAAAGGAGAGCGUGGAGACAAAGGAGGAAAAACAGUUGAGGAAAUUCUGGUGAGGCUGGUGAACGGCUCCGGACUUCAUGAGGGUAGAGUGGAGGUGUUCCACGAGCGUCGGUGGGGGACUGUGUGUGAUGAUGUAUGGGACAUUAAAGAUGGAGACGUUGUAUGUAGGAUGCUGGGGUACCGCGGUGCCAAAGAAAUUUACAAAACAGCGCGUUUUGGACAUGGCACUGGUCUGAUCUGGAUGGAUGAUGUGGCUUGUGUUGGCACUGAGGACACUAUUCACCAAUGUAAGUUUUCAGGCUGGGGCAAAACCAACUGUGGUCAUUUCGAGGAUGCAGGGGUGACCUGUAACAUCUAGCCUGUUUGAAGUCUUUAACAUUCUGCAGAAUGGACAAUUAACCUGUAAGAGCUCAGCAGCGUUGAUGAUAUGCUGCGAAGUCUGUGGAAGCAGUAUUGUGUCCCUCCAUACAGCAGUAGAUGUAUGAAACUGAUAGUCAGGCUGAGGGAGAGUUCAAAGGCCCUGAAGAUCAGAGUAUCACAGGCUCACAACAUCCCACCAACAAAGAACUUCUACACAAAUACUACACCCAUAUACCAUAAAAGGACAUCUAAGGAAAGCGUGCGUUUUCACAAGGAUAGCACCUUGAAAUCAGCUUUAUUGUGAGAACCAAACAAUAGGGUUAGGAGAUAGAAAAUAUCAUUAGCACAGUGGAAAGUCCCUGUCAUUAUAGAAAAACAAACAUGUGUAUGGGGGUGGGGGAGGGGGGGUGUUAUUGAAUGGCUCAUCCCUUUUUUAAAUAGCCAAUAGCCUUUAGUUUAAAUAGCUAUAAACCAUAAUUUGCUAGUUGAUUGCAGGUGGUAUAAAAGGGAGUGGAAUUUACAUUAGAAAGCAUUUUAGAGGGUACAAAUGUAAAAACUGAUCUUAAAUGUAAUAAAGGCCCUAAAUAUAAUAACUUUGGUCCUAAAUAUAUACUAACGUGUCAGCUAGUUUAAUUUUGUGCAUAUAUUAGUAUAUAUAUAUAUAUAUAUAUAUAUAUAUAUAUAUAUAUAUAUAUAUAUAUAUAUACGUAAAAGUUGUUUAUGCACUCAUUUUUGAUAGCUGAUGAUUUAAUAUAAUGAUGUUGGUAUAGCUGAUGAAGGUAAAAUGGUACUGUUUCUUUACUUUAUGCACAGUUGAGUAUGGUUUAACGGCCAAAAGUUCAUUAUCACAUAUAUCCUUAUCCAUAUUUUUUGGGUGUAUAUAUAUAUAUAAUCUUUAAACAAAUCGUAAUUUGUUCACAUUUACUAAGUACAUUUAUGAAAUCUUGUAGCACUAGGUAGUCACUCUUUAAAAAAAUGGCCUGUAGGAGCUGUACACAUUAUAAAUCUAACUGAUAAAUAGUUCAUUGGUGUAAAAUGUAAAAAUUAUUACAGAUAGGUGCCCUCAAUUACAUUUGUGCCCUCAACAACAUUUGACUGAACAAAAAUCUGUGUAGUGCAACAUGAGUCAAUAUUUUUGGUCAAUUUUCCUGGAAGAGCAAUGGUAUUAAUUUUAAAUGUGUAUAACUGCUAAAAGUUCAUUUUGUCUACAUGAACUAAAAGCUACACAUUUCCAAUUUGAUUUGGGCCUUUAAAGCUCUAUGCUGCUGCUUGAACUGUUUGUAUUUGAUUUGUCAAAUGUAUUAUAUUUUUUAAAUGAGUUGCAGUUUAUAUUGUGUAUAGACAGAUGCAUUUACAAUAGCUUUCCAAAGACAUCUAUGGACACAUUUUUAUAACUCCCAGUAUAUUUUUAUAAUGUUUAACUCAAUAACAAUUUGAAAGGCAUGUGCAUCUGCAAAUUUGCUUUUAAACUAUAACAUUGAUCAUAAUGAGAUGUUAUGGCAUGGUUAGCAUUUAUAUACAGUACCUCAGUCAAUGACGAGUACAAUCACGGUCAGUCUGUUGAACAACAACAGUCUUGAAGUGGUUCACUAUCUGUUGUUCAGCGCCUUUAUUAUUACACUAAAAUAUUAGUAUUGAUUAAUCUUUAUUGUACAACAAUAUGCCAAUAAAAAAAAACAUUUUUAUUAA